AUGAGUGACAACGAAGAAAAAAAGGAAGUUAAGCCCAUAAAAGGUGACGAUGGCAGUUUAUACUUUGAGCUUGAUGACAAAAAAAGAGUUACUGUAAGAAAAUUUAAAGGUAAAUUAUAUGUUGACAUCAGAGAGUUUUAUGAAAAAGAUGGUGAAAUGCUUCCUGGAAAAAAAGGUAUUUCCUUAAAUUUAUAAAAUUGGGAACAAUUCAGAAGCUUAAUUGACAGUAUUGAUUAAUGCAUAACUGAUAUUUGA